AUGAAAAAAGAGCAGAAGAAGGAAGAAAAACUUAAGAAGGAAGAAGCAGAACUGAAAAAGAAAAAUGAUGUAAUUAUGAAGGAAGAAGAGAGGAAGAAGAAGAAGGAAGAAGAAAUGGAAGAAGAGGAAGAAGCAGAACUGAAAAAGAAAAAUGAUGUAAUUAUGAAGGAAGAAGAGAGGAAAAAGAAGAAGGAAGAAGAAAUGAAAGAAGAGCAGAAGAAGAAGGAAGAAAAACUUAAGAAGGAAGAAGCAGAACUGAAAAAGAAGAAUGAUGUAAUAAUGAAGGAAGAAGAGAUGAAAAAGAAGAAGGCAGAAGAAAUGAAAGAAGAGCAGAAGGAGACGGAAGAAAAAUCUUUAAAAGCGGAAGUAGUUCGGGAAAAGGAGCAGGAAGAAAAGAAGAAAGAAGAAAAAACAUCUGAAAAACGGAAAAAUAUUAUUGAAACCGAAAACAUAAACAAAAGACAAAAACUAUACAUGCUGGACACAACAGACGAAACUACCGUUAAUGUGGAAGAACUGGUCGAGGUAGAGGCAAAAAUCCAGGAGCUUAGAAGAAUGAGGAGGACCCUGGUGGCCGAAAGGACCGAGUGCAGGGCUUACCAUGAGGGAGGUUACCUGUACGAAAUAAAGACAUUCACAAGAAAAUACAAAAUAUAAAAAGUGCAAUAACAAUAUAUAAUUAAAAAGUGCUUUUGUUUGUGUAAGUAUUGUGUUGUUAUAAAAAAAAACAUUAAUAUGUUUUAAUUGUUUAAAUAACUGUUUAAAGUUUUAAUAUUAUUCAUAUAUUGGAACAUAUUGUUUAAAUGACAUUUUCCUGUUUUAUGUGUUGUAUAAUAUGUCAUUAAAUAAUUGUCAUAAUAGCAUUUUAUGUGUGAUAUUAUUAUAUUAUUAUUGAUAGCAUUAUCAAUGUUUUGUCACAAGGUCAUUUUGUUUAUGUCAAUAUAAUGUGACAUCAUAUAUUUGACACAUUUUUGUUUAAAUAUAUUGUAACAUUUAUUAAAAAUAAAUGUGAUGUGGUUUAUCAUAAUAUUAUCAAAGUUUUGUCACAAGGUCAUUUUGUUCAUGUAAA